AUGUCGCAACCACCGCCUCCGCCGCCUCCUGGCUGGGGGGACGCUCCUCCUCCUCCGCCACCGUCUUCUCUACCGCCGCCCCCUUCGACACCUGCUCCCCCGGCCCCCCCGCCACCGGGAUACCGUCCUCCGGCCGACCCCCAGAUCGCCAAGUUCGCGCAAAAGAAGAAGGAAUGGCUCCGAAGCCGACGCGGACGAUUUGGAGAGAAGCGCAAGGGUGGCUUCGUGCAGACGCAAAAGGCAGAUAUGCCCCCUGAGCAUCUGCGCAAGAUCGUCAAGGACAUUGGCGACGUGUCCCAGAAGAAAUACACAAACGACAAGAGAUCUUAUCUGGGCGCUCUCAAAUUCAUGCCUCAUGCCGUCAUGAAGCUUCUCGAAAAUAUGCCCAUGCCCUGGGAGUCCGCGCGAGAGGUCAAGGUUCUCUACCACGUCAAUGGAUGCCUGACACUUGUUAAUGAGAUUCCCCGCGUCAUCGAGCCCGUCUUCUUUGCCCAGUGGGCCAUGAUGUGGACCUUCAUGCGAAAGGAAAAGGCCGACAGGCGACUUUUCAAGCGUAUGCGGUUCCCUCCCUUCGAUGACGAAGAACCCCCUCUGUCGUGGUCUGAGAACAUCGAGGAUGUCGAGCCCCUGGAGCCCAUCCAGCUGGAGCUCAACGAGGACGAAGACGAGGCCGUUUAUGAGUGGUUCUACGACCACCGUCCCCUUCUCGACACGUCGCACGUUAAUGGUCCGAGCUACAAGAAGUGGAACCUCACCUUGCCCCAGAUGGCCGCUCUCUUCCGUCUCAGCCGACCCUUGAUUUCCGACGUCGUCGACAAGAACUACUUCUACCUGUUCGAUCUCCCCAGCUUCCUGACUGGCAAGGCGCUUAACGUGGCCCUACCUGGUGGCCCGCGUUUCGAGCCCCUCUACAAGGACAUUGACCCCAAUGACGAAGACCUCGGCGAAUUCAAUGCCAUCGACCGCAUUAUUUUCCGCGACCCGAUCCGCACUGAGUUCCGAGUCGCCUACCCUUAUCUCUACAACUCCCUGCCUAGAAGUGUCCAUCUCACCUGGCACUCGUAUCCUCAGGUCGUCUACAAGAGUCCCGACGACCCCAGUCUGCCGGCUUUCCACUUUGAUCGCCGAAUCAGUCCCAUUUCCUCUCGGACUGUGGCGUCCAAGAAUGUCGAUGUCUCCCUUGAGGACGAGCUCUUCGGACCCGGGAACAUCGAGGAGCCCGAAGAGGAUGCUUUCGAACUCCCUGCCGGCGUGAAGCCUUUCCUUGCCGAUGAGGAGCUGGAGAACGAGGAUACGUCUAUGGCCAUCGAGCUUUGGUGGGCUCCCUUCCCGUUCGACCGACGAUCGGGCCGCAUGGUGCGAGCUCAGGACGUGCCGCUAAUUAAGCAGUGGUACCUCGAGCAUCCGCCUUCCGACCGCCCGCCCGUCAAGAUCAGGGUGUCUUACCAGAAGCUGCUCAAGAACUUUGUUCUCAACGAGCUGCACAAGAAGAAGCCCAAGGCCCAGAACAACCAGAACCUGCUCAGGUCCCUCAAACAGACCAAGUUCUUCCAACAGACCACCAUCGACUGGGUUGAGGCUGGUCUGCAGGUGUGCCGCCAAGGUUUCAACAUGCUGAACCUGCUGAUACACCGCAAGAACUUGACGUACCUCCACCUGGAUUACAACUUCAAUCUGAAGCCCGUCAAGACGCUCACAACGAAGGAGCGAAAGAAGUCGCGAUUCGGAAAUGCGUUCCACCUCAUGCGAGAAAUCUUGAGGUUGACCAAGCUUAUCGUUGACGCCCAGGUGCAGUACCGUCUCGGCAACAUCGAUGCCUUCCAGCUCGCCGAUGGUAUCCUGUACGCCUUUAAUCACGUGGGUCAGCUUACGGGAAUGUACCGCUACAAGUACAAGCUCAUGCACCAGGUCCGUACUUGCAAGGACUUGAAGCAUCUCAUCUACUACCGCUUCAAUGCAGGCCCAGUCGGCAAGGGCCCCGGCUGCGGUUUUUGGGCCCCGGCUUGGAGGGUCUGGCUCUUCUUCAUGCGUGGAAUCAUUCCCUUGCUUGAGAGGUGGCUCGGCAACUUGCUCUCGCGUCAAUUCGAGGGCCGUCACAGCAAGGGUGUUGCGAAGACGGUCACGAAGCAGCGUGUCGAGUCCCACUUCGACCUCGAGCUCCGUGCUUCUGUCAUGGCCGAUCUGAUGGACAUGAUGCCCGAGGGUAUCAAGCAGAACAAGGUCAACACGGUUCUGCAGCAUCUCUCCGAGGCCUGGCGCUGCUGGAAGAGUAAUAUCCCCUGGAAGGUUCCUGGCCUGCCCGCCGCCAUCGAGAACAUCAUUCUCCGUUAUGUCAAGUCCAAGGCUGAUUGGUGGAUCUCUGUGGCCCACUACAACCGAGAACGUAUCCGCCGUGGUGCCACCGUGGAUAAGACCGUCGCUAAGAAGAAUGUCGGUCGUCUGACCCGACUGUGGCUCAAGGCCGAGCAGGAGCGCCAACACAACCACAUGAAGGACGGACCCUACGUGUCCUCGGAGGAGGCCGUGGCCAUCUACACCACGACCGUUCACUGGCUGGAGUCGCGGAAGUUCUCUCCCAUCCCCUUCCCCAGCGUUUCCUACAAGCACGACACCAAAAUCCUGAUCUUGGCCCUUGAGCGCCUUCGAGAGGCCUACUCGGUCAAAGGUCGUCUCAACCAGAGUCAGCGAGAGGAGUUGGCCUUGAUUGAGCAGGCCUACGACAGCCCCGGAACUACGCUCGAGCGCAUCAAGCGUUUUUUGCUGACGCAGCGUGCCUUCAAAGAGGUCAACAUCGACAUGAACGACAACUACAGCACCAUCAACCCUGUUUACGACAUUGAACCCAUUGAGAAGAUUAGCGAUGCCUAUCUGGACCAAUACCUCUGGUACCAGGCGGACCAGCGACACCUGUUCCCGGCGUGGAUCAAGCCAUCCGACUCCGAAGUCCCCCCGCUGCUGACCUACAAGUGGACCCAAGGCAUCAACAAUUUGGACCAGGUCUGGACCACGGAGAAUGGCGAGUGCAACGUCAUGAUCGAGACGGAACUUUCCAAGGUCUACGAGAAGAUGGAGCUGACCCUUUUGAACUCGCUCCUUCGGCUGAUUAUGGACCACAACCUUGCCGACUACAUCACGGCCAAGAACAACGUUCAACUCACGUACAAGGAUAUGAACCAUGUCAAUAGCUAUGGCAUGAUUCGCGGGCUGCAGUUCUCAGCCUUUGUUUUCCAGUACUACGGUCUUGUCCUGGAUCUGCUUCUGCUUGGCCCCCAGCGCGCGAGCGAGAUUGCCGGUCCGCCCCAGAGCCCCAACGACUUCCUUCAGUUCCGCGACCGCGAGACUGAGACUCGCCACCCGAUUCGCCUAUACACGCGCUACAUUGACAAGAUCUGGGUGUUCCUCCGCUUCACAGCCGAGGAGUCGAGGGACUUGAUCCAGCGUUUCCUGACUGAGCAGCCAGACCCCAACUUUGAGAACGUCAUUGGCUACAAGAGUAAGAAGUGCUGGCCGCGUGAUUCGCGUAUGCGCCUUAUGAGGCACGAUGUGAACCUCGGCCGUGCUGUCUUCUGGGACCUCAAGAACCGCCUGCCCCGCUCCAUCACCACCAUCGACUGGGAUGACAGCUUUGUCAGUGUCUACAGCCGCGAUAACCCUAACCUGCUUUUCUCUAUGUGCGGGUUCGAGGUGCGCAUCCUACCCAAGAUUCGCAACCAGAACGAUGAGUUCUCGGUCAAGGACAGCGUGUGGUCGCUCGUCGACAACACGACCAAGGAGAGAACCGCCCAUGCCUUCCUCCAGGUCACUGAGGAUGACAUCCAAAAGUUCAACAACCGCAUCAGACAGAUCCUCAUGUCAUCUGGCUCCACGACCUUCACCAAGAUUGCUAACAAGUGGAACACGGCUCUCAUUGCCCUCUUCACUUACUACCGUGAAGCCGCAGUGUCUACUGUGGAGCUUCUCGACACAAUUGUCAAGUGCGAGACCAAGAUCCAGACCCGUGUCAAGAUCGGUCUCAACUCCAAGAUGCCCUCGCGAUUCCCACCGGCUGUCUUCUACACUCCCAAGGAGCUGGGUGGUCUCGGUAUGAUCUCUGGUUCUCACAUCCUCAUCCCUGCUAGUGACAAGCGCUGGUCCAAGCAGACGGACACAGGCGUCACGCACUACCGUGCGGGUAUGACGCACGACGAGGAGACGCUCAUCCCCAACAUUUUCCGUUACAUUAUUCCCUGGGAGGCCGAGUUCAUCGACUCGCAGCGCGUGUGGACCGAGUACUCGCAGAAGCGCCUGGAGGCCAACCAGCAGAACCGCCGCCUGACGCUUGAGGACCUCGAAGACAGCUGGGAUCGCGGUCUGCCCCGUAUCAACACGCUGUUCCAGAAGGACCGCAGCACCCUCAGCUUUGACAAGGGCUUCCGCGCCCGUUCCGAGUUCAAGAUAUACCAGCUGAUGAAGAGCAACCCCUUCUGGUGGACCAGCCAGAGGCACGACGGAAAGCUGUGGAACCUCAAUGCCUACCGUACCGAUGUUAUCCAGGCGCUGGGUGGUGUCGAGACGAUUCUAGAACAUACCCUCUUCAAGGCCACGGGCUUCCCUGGUUUCGAGGAGUCUAUGAAGUUCAAGAAGCUGACCAACGCCCAGAGGUCUGGUCUGAACCAGAUCCCCAACCGUCGCUUCACACUGUGGUGGUCCCCCACCAUCAACCGAGCCAACGUCUACGUCGGUUUCCAGGUCCAACUCGACUUGACGGGCAUCUUCCUCCACGGAAAGAUUCCGACGCUAAAGAUUUCGCUGAUCCAGAUCUUCCGAGCUCACUUGUGGCAGAAGAUCCACGAGUCUGUGGUGAUGGAUCUGUGCCAGGUCUUUGACCAGGAGCUGGAGUCGCUGGGUAUCGAGACGGUGCAGAAGGAGACUAUCCACCCGCGUAAGUCUUACAAGAUGAACAGUUCUUGCGCCGACAUCCUACUGUUUGCCAGUCACAAGUGGAAUGUGACGAGGCCCUCCCUGCUGCACGACACCAAGGACGUGAUUGAGCCGACGACGACCAACAAGUUCUGGAUCGACGUUCAGCUGCGUUACGGAGACUACGACUCGCACGACAUUGAGCGGUACACGCGCGCCAAGUACCUCGACUACACGACGGACAGCGCCAGCAUCUACCCGUCGGCCACCGGCCUCAUGAUCGGUAUCGACCUGGCGUACAACCUCUACUCGGCGUAUGGUAUGUACUUUCCUGGUCUGAAGGUGCUCAUUCAGCAGGCCAUGGCCAAGGUGAUGAAGGCCAACCCGGCGCUGUACGUGCUGCGCGAGCGUAUCCGCAAGGGUCUGCAGCUGUACGCGUCGGAGAGCAACCAGGAGUUCCUCAACUCGCAAAAUUACUCGGAGCUGUUCAGCAACCAGACGCAGCUGUUCAUCGACGAUACCAACGUGUACCGAGUGACGAUCCACAAGACGUUUGAGGGUAAUCUGACGACCAAACCCAUCAACGGAGCCAUCUUCAUCUUCAACCCCCGCACUGGACAGCUCUUCCUCAAGAUCAUCCACACGAGUGUCUGGGCCGGACAGAAGCGUCUCGGCCAGCUGGCCAAGUGGAAGACGGCAGAAGAGGUGGCGGCGCUGAUCCGCUCUCUCCCGGUGGAGGAGCAGCCGAAGCAGCUGAUUGUGACGCGCAAGGGUCUCCUGGACCCGCUGGAGGUGCACCUGCUCGACUUCCCCAACAUUUCGAUCCGCGCGUCGGAGCUGCAGCUGCCCUUCCAGGCGGCCAUGAAGGUGGAGAAGCUGGGAGACAUGAUCCUGCGCGCUACCGAGCCGCAGAUGGUGCUGUUCAACCUGUACGACGAGUGGCUGAAGAGCGUGUCGUCGUACACGGCCUUCUCGCGUCUCAUCCUGAUCCUGCGUGCUCUGCACGUGAAUCCGGACAAGACGAAGCUGAUCUUACGCCCGGACAAGACGGUCAUCACGCACGAGCACCACAUCUGGCCAUCGCUGUCUGACGAGGAGUGGAUCAAGGUGGAGACGCAGCUGCGCGACCUCAUCCUCAACGACUACGGCAAGAAGAACAACGUCAACGUGACAAGCCUGACGAGCAGCGAGGUGCGCGACAUCAUCCUGGGUAUGGAGAUCUCGGCACCCUCGAUGCAGCGUCAGCAGGCGGCCGAGAUUGAGAAGCAGCAGGCGGAGCAGCAGCAGCUCACGGCGGUGACGACCAAGACGCAAAACGUGCACGGCGAGGACAUCAUCGUGACGACGACGUCGCAGUUUGAGCAGCAGACGUUUGCGUCCAAGACGGAGUGGCGUACACGCGCCAUUGCCACGUCCAACCUGAGGACGCGGGCCAAGAACAUUUACGUGUCGUCGGUGGACAUCGAGGCCGAGGACAUUACGUAUGUCAUGCCCAACAACAUCCUCAAGCGCUUCAUCACCAUUGCCGACCUGCGGGUGCAGAUUGCGGGCUACCUGUACGGCUCGUCGCCGGCGGACAACAGCGACGUGAAGGAGGUGAAGUGCAUCGUCAUGAUCCCGCAGGUGGGCGGUCUCCGCAACGUCCAGCUCCCGCAGCAGCUGCCGCAGAGCGAGUUCCUCGAGGGCAUGGAGCCGCUGGGGGUGAUCCAUACGGUGUCGGGCAACGAGCUCCCGUACAUGUCGGCACCGGACGUGACGGAGCACGCGCGCCUCCUGGACGCGCACAAGGACGAGUGGGACAGCGCCAGCACGGUGACGGUGUCUGUGGCCUUCACGCCAGGCAGCGUCUCCCUCUCGGCCUGGGGUCUCACGGCACAGGGAUACAAAUGGGGAGCCGAGAACAAGGAUAUGCAGAGCGACCAGCCACAGGGCUUCACGACGACCAUGGGAGAGAAGAGAAAGCUGCUGCUCAGCCCACGCUUCAAGGGCUUCUUCCUGGUCCCCGACGACGACAGGUGGAACUACAGCUUCAUGGGCAGCGCGUUUGCGGGCAUGGAGAAGAAGCCGAUCCACGUCAAGCUCGACACGCCCAUGUCCUUCUACAGCGACCAGCACAGGCCGGUUCACUUCCAGAGCUUUGCGGAGCUGGAGGACAUUGGUGUUGACAUGGUUGAUAACUUUGCCUAG